AGCCAAAGCAUGUCGACUGCGUCUGAUAGGGAGAUGCAUCUGCCUUCACCGGCUGUUGAAAUUAUACCUUCUAAGUUGGAGCACCCUUACAAAUAUGCUGGAGAUAGCAUAGAUUUGCAAGGAGUAAAUAUCUUCAAGAAAAAUGGACCUCAAGUUUAUUGCUUCUCACAAUCAAGUUGCGUAUUUGGCACCCCCACCUGUAAAGCACAAGGAGUUGUACACGUCUUUGAUUAAAGGCUUGAAUACAUGCCGCAUUGCUCACGCUCUUCGAGACAAUCCGGUAGUGUAUGAAAGUCUUAUCCGAGACUUCUGGAAGACUGCGAAGGUGGAAAUAGUUGAAGGCAAAGGAGCGAUAGCUGCUGAAAUUGACGGAACAACGAUUAUUGUGACAGAGCAGGGUAUCAGGGAGGUGUUGCAGUUUAAUGAUCAAGAAGCGGAUCCAAUCGAGCUUGCUGCUGGGGUAAUUGAAGCUAUCUUGCCACGUCUAAGCUAUGAAGGGAGAUUUCCGCCCCUGGUCAAGAAGUUUGUUCAUCCAUAUUGGCGCUUAUUAUUGCACACGUUCCUAUUGUGCAUGACUGAGAACCGAGGAGGAACUGAUCAACUAAACACAACACAAACGGCUGCAUUGAUCUGCGUAAUUACAAAUGAGCCGUUCAAUUAUUCGCGAUAUGUCUUAGAAGCAAUGAAGAGGAAUGCUAUCGGGCUUAGAAAGGAUAAGUUUCUGAUGUAUCCUAGGUUUGUACAAAUGAUUCUGAAUGCUCGAUAUCCAGAAUUGAAGAGAUCGGGCAACACACUGGAAUUAAAGCCCAUGGGUCCUUCUUGUUUUGGAGCACUUACAACAAAGAAAGGAACAGAAAAGAAGUUUGAAGGUUUGAUUGCUUUGGAGAAGUUCGGUCAGUUUGCUGAGACUGAAGAAGUUGCUGUGAAUCCAGUCAGGGCACUAGCCGUACCAGCACGUGCCAUAGUAGCUGAAGAGCAUGACAUCCAGCAAAGAGAUGAAAAUGAGCCUGAGCCAGAGCGUAUCACCAUCAACUCUGACGAUGAAGGUGUUGAGAUUACGUGUGAUUCUGAUGAUGAUAACAUAGAGCUUCCUCCUGAAGCUAAUGCUGAAACCGUUUCUACUGUUACUCCAGUGAUUUCUGCUGAGAACUUGGCUCUGUUGUUAAAGAAAGUGACUGACACGAUGGGUAAUCCUCCUACUAAUCUGUCAGUGUCUACUGAAGAGCCUGAAGAAAGCCCAAGGGAUUCUGAUGAUAUUCCACUAAAAAGGAAAAGACGGGAUCCGAGACCUGGAAUGUUUAUUGAACAAAGGAAAGAUCAAUCUGUUGCUGUUGCUGAUGAUGCUGAAGGUUUAUACAAUUUUGAUUUCGAAAGAAAUGUUGAUGACACCACUACCACGAUCACUACAGACAACAUCUUUGAGUUUGAUGCUGGAACUCAAGGUGAUGAUACAGUUAUGGCAAAUGCUGAAGCUCAAAAUGAAGUAGUGCCUAAUAUUGAAGUUCAAACUGAAGCUGUAUCUAGUGUUGAGACUCGUACUGAAGCUGGGCCCUCUGGAGCUGUUGGUGCUGGAUCUUCCGGUACUAUUCAUGAAGAACCGGGCAGCUCUAGUGGUAAACGACCUGUUGAACCACUCAGAAUGCCUUUUGACAGUGAUUCAAGCGAUGAUGAUGAGUUCAUAAGUAUGAGGGAAAUGAAGAAGCGUUUGGUUGUGCUCGAACAAGAUUCCAUACAUAAAGAUGCUAAGAUCAUACAGCUUGAAGACAUUAUUGUGAAGAAGGAUCAACAAAUUGAACAACUACAGGGAGAUGUUGGCCUGUUAUUCAAUAUUGUUUAUGAUAUGCGAGGCAAACUUGAGAAGAAGUUUGGUCAAGAGUUUUCUGAUCCCACCGAUGUAGAGAACAGAAAGAAAGCUUUCGAGAAGGAUAAUGCUGAAAAGGCUGCUGCUAUGGAAAAGUACUUUGAACGGGUUACUGAUCCAGAAGCAGAAAAAGCGAAAGCUGAAAGGUUGAAGAAGAAGAGAGAGUUUGUGAUUCUGAAAAACAAGAAUGCUAAUCCUGACGAUGAAGAUGCGCAUGCUACACAUCAUUUGAUGGAUGUGGGUGAAACUCUCUAUGACAAAAAAGGGAAUAGAUCUGGUGUAGUUAGCUGGGGGUAUGAUCACGAUCGUAAACGAUGGUGGAUUAAGAGGAAGGUUGGACCAGUCGAAUGGUACAAGCGAUCAGGGCAAUUUCAGUCAUUCACUAAGGUUGAUUUGACAGAUCUGAUAAAUAAACCUUAUGUGGAUGAUAAGCCUAAUGGUCCUGGUUAUAUGUUCUUCGAGAGAUUGAAAAGGGAAGUGGCAAAAGGCUUUCCUUCGAUGCGUACAGCAGAUACCACAGUUAAACCAGCAAAAGGGAUCAGGGAUCCAUACACCAACAAGCGGAUGAAGAUAGUACACUGGCCCGCUACUGAUAAAGAAAAGACUAUUCCGUUGGUAAGGAAGAUUCCGAAAGGGGCGUUGAAGACGAUGCACUUCUGGGCAUAUAAUGAAAGACUUGGUCAAGCUGUGAUCGUUUGUGAUGGAGAUGAAAGUUACUGUCUGGUGGAUCAGAUUGAUUUAUUGAAUCUUGCACCUGAAGAUCUUGCAGUACUGGCAAGCAACCAAAUCCGAGCCACCGAAAAAUAUGAAGAAAUUGCUAAAGGGUGGACGUCUGCUGUAGCCUCUGUGAUGCAUAUUCACAGGAAGGGAUUUGGUGGAUACAAGGAUAACAUGAGUGGUGGUCAUCAAGGAAGCUGAAGCAAGAAGAACUUGUAUGCAUAAACCUAGGGGGAGAUUGUUGGAACCUAAAGGUUUAUUCAUGCAAGUUAACAAUAUAUAGGGAUUGAUCUUGUAAUUAGUUUAAUUAUGUUUUGGGUUAAUCUUAUGUGGGUUGGGCUUGUAAGUGUGUCGCAUGGGCUUGAGUAGUUUCGGCCCUUAUGUUUUGUAUUUAAACACCCUUAAUCAAUAGAUUAAGGGUUGUUGAUACCGAAUAGAAGCAGGGGCGACACAUAGCAAGGAACCGAGUUCCUACCGAUCUUGUAUCAGUCAUCUUCAAGUUGAAUGCAAGUUUGGUUUGUUUA